AUAAUUUAAAAUCAAGCCCUUCUCCACCUUUGGAUAUGACUGCAGUAGCGUAUUCAUCUUGUGCAGCUAAUGCAGGAUAUGGUGAAACAGGCAUGCAGAGAUCAACAUCUCCAAAUCUCCUAGCAUCAACGCCAUACACGUCCUUUAGCAGUUGCACAGGAAUAACCGACGCAGUAAGGGCAACUCCAUAUCCCAUCACAUCUUAUCCAUUUCCAGGAAGAUCCAGGUGUAGUGAAACAGAUUCUUUGAAGGCAUCUCCUCUCCAUGUCUCAUCUUUCAGUGAAAGUCCAGGUCCUAGUAACACAGCAUCUCUUUCAAAGUCUACUAUACCUUCCUCAGUACUGAAUACGUCUCAGCCAUUUACUUCUUAUGCAGAUUCUGCUGACACAGGAUACGCAAGAGAUUGUUUGAGACCUUAUCACCCAUAUCGAGGAAAGAAUAACCACUCAUCACGGAGUAUGAGCGGGAAUAGUGGCACAUAUGUUAGCUCGUACAGUCCACCAGUGUGUGAAAUAAGAAAUGCACUUUCUUUGAAUAACUGUUCUCCCCUUCAUUCUCAAACAAGUAGUGCUCCACUGAUAUCUAAUUGUAGCACCGUUAUUCAGAGCACUAAUAGUAUUGCAAACCUUAAUACAGGUGGUGAUGAUCUGCAGCACCCAAGCAGUGACUCAAUGACUUUGAGAACCGAUGUCUUAGUCGAUGUUCUCGAUUCUAAUUCGGGUUCAACACAGCUUUCUAAAGGCAGCAUGUCGCAAUGUCAGGCAGAAAAGAACAGAAAGAGGAAACCUUCGGAAAGCAGCGAAGAUAAUCUAAAGAGAGUAAGAAGAUCUUUACAUCAGCCAGUUAUCAAUCAUUCUCAGCCUCCUAAUCUAAACACAGCAAAUGUUAUUGAUCCUUUGAAACUUUCUACAAACCCUAAUGGCUCAGCAGAUGUAGCAACGGCUUCUGGUAGCACACAGAAAAACAAUCUCCCUCGUCCUCCGUAUUCAUAUGUUGCAAUGAUUCGGAAAGCUAUAUUGGAAUCUCCAGCAAAGAGACUAACCCUUCAAGAGAUUUAUAGUUAUGUGCUUGAAACAUUCCCCUAUUAUGAUGGUAAAGAAGGCUGGAAAAAUAGCAUUCGUCACAAUCUUAGCUUGAAUAAAUGUUUUAUAAGAGUUCCCAGAGAGGGUGGAGGUGAGAAAAAAGGAAGCUACUGGAUAUUUGAUCCUGCUUUUAAUGAUAUGUUCGAGGGCAACAACUUCCGCAGAAGGAAAAGAAUGAAAAGGCCCGCUAAAGAUACUGCGCAAGGAAAUUCUUCCUCAUUUAGCUCAUCAUUUGCACCAACAUUUAAACGCCCAUAUCCUACUACCUACUUAAACACAACUGAUUUCUUGGCAUCUGGAUACCGACCUGUUGCUUCUUCGGAAAGAAACUGGCCUUUAGCACACAUGCAAACUCCAUCACAGCUGCAUCAUUCGGGAAGAUCUAGCCUAUCACCAUAUCCCUCGUGCCAACGUAUGCAACCUCAAGCAUUGCAUGUUGGAUACAUGCAGUCAUCCCAGUUAGAUCCCACUGUGUCCACAUCUGCACAAUCAUCCAUACCCCUGCCUGCAGCAUAUCCUGCCCACAGUUAUGUGCCUCCACCAUCAGCUUUUCCUGGUCAUUACCCAGCCCACUGUCUUCGAGAGUCUACGUGUUCUACAGCCCAGAGUAGAAGAUACCAUCCUUACUAGUCAAACUUCUAACGAUCAUACAUACACAGAUCAUCAUCUAACGAUCAUGAUGGUAUAUUUGAGAGACCAUGGAUGACAGAAAGUUUAACUCUUCGCUUUAAAAGCAUAUAUGAUUUGUUUGGACAUGUUAGAUUUAUUCUACUUUCAUACAAACAAUAUCGAUAAUCACUCUUCUGAACUAUUUAAGUGAAAAACUGAUAAUCAAGUAUUAAACAGACGUUAUUUAUUACGCAGAUAUAUUUCAGAACAGUAAGAGCACAAAUAACAACUUUUUGCCUUGUGAUAUGCUGAUAAAUACGUUCGGUUGAGGCAAUGUGUGUGGCCAAAUAAUCUGUUUACCGUCGUCAUUUUAGAGAAUUUUUAGGGAAUUGGAAAUCUUCCUUAAGUAACUUUAUGAGACAAAUAAAUGGGUAAUUGUAUGUUUUCUUUUUUUGGAGGGGAGGAGCCUUUAUGCCAUUAUAAUUUAUUUUCAUUUCGUAAAAGAACAGAAAAGUUUAUCAUAGUUUACAACUAGCAUAGAAGUUAAAUUAAGCAAUAUAUUGAACAUUGAUUCAUAUGUUAUGGGAUCAGAUCGACCUUAUCUGAAGUAUGCAUUGAGCUUAAAGUAUUAUUUUAAAAAAUUACCUACCUGAAAGCCUAAGUGUCGAUCAUCGUAAAGCCAGUUGUAUUUCCAGUGACAUUUUUUAAAGCGUAAAUGCCAAAUUUUCAACUGCAUUUAGAAAUCAAGGUAGAUCCAUUUUAGUGGCAAAAGUUAAGUAUUAUGUUUAAAGUGUUAUUUCUUAAAUUUAUCAUAUUUCUCCAAGUAAAGUUCUUUAGAAAAAAGGUAAACCGUGAAAUUUCGUUUUAUAUGGAAACUUAAAAGCAAAAGAUUUAGCAUGUAAUCUGGAUAAUUUUAAUUUUUAUGAUAAGUUUUAGCGAGAUAGUGUGUCUUAUCAAAUAAUUUUACGGAAGUUACAGGUGAACAAGAAUAAUUUUAUUUAAAUUUUAUAAUGUCAUUAAAAGCUGCUUUAGUUAUAAAAAGAAAUUAUCUUUGUAAAAAUUUUGGAUGUCUAAAAGUCGUAACGGUAAUUCUACCAAAUUUGUUUUAUUUCUUGUGGCAUCUUAUUUACGUCAUAGGAAAGUAGUGAUUAAUCAGUAUAGAAUUUUAGAAGCAUUGAAAGUAAUCAUGAUUUAAAUACAAAUAUUAUGUUCGGACUAUAUAAACUGACGCAGUUAAAAAGAAGAAAAAACGGCACUUAUCCUAACACUGCCUUAAAAUUAAGAAGAGUAUAUGUUUUUAAUCCUGUUUAAUAUCAUAUUAUGCAAAAUAUAUACUAAAAUUCUUUGACAUAUUAAAUGAAAACCCACAGUACUAGAUAUAACGUAAAUAAAAUUAUGAAAUUAUUUCUACGGUUUAAUUGGUUAAGGAAAAUGCGACGUUUUCAUUUUAAAUUAUUUUUUUAAUUCUUUUUCGUGUCAUUUUUAAGUAAGAAGAUUCAAAGUAAAUAAUAAGUUUUACUGCCAUUUAAAUAAAGAUGUGAAGAAUAAUGAUAUAGAGUCUGAGAACCUAAAGGGUCCAGUUGUUUUUCCCUUUAAAUUGCCUAUGAUGUUUUCGCCAAAUGGUAAUCAUGAUCAAUUUAAAGUGCAGUUAAAAGUUUUAUAAAUGCCAUUUUUGUGCUUGAAUUUAUGUGAAGAUUUGAUAUUAUAUUUGAAUCCUGUGCAUGCAGUUUUUUUUAUCAAACUGAUGAAAUUUAACAAAUUUAAUGUUUAAUACAACGUAUUCUUGUAUUUUAUACAUUGCAUCUUGAAAAAUAUGAACAGAAUAUUUUGGAAAUAAGCCUUUUAAAUUAAAUACGA